AUGCGGUAUUCUCAGCUCAUCCUCUCUCUCUUCCUCUUUGUCACCUUCGCUAUUGCUCUGCCUAUGCCGGCGCCGGUAGAAUCUGUCGUCGCGCGGGCCAACGGCAACAAAGGGGGGGGAAAGGCAACACCCAGAAAGAGGUCAAAGAAGCAGGAGAAGCAGGAUACCAAAGCUGUAGCGAAGGCCGAAAAGGGUGGGAACUUCAAUCAGGCCAAGGGCAAGCUUAGCAACGAUAUCAAAGAGGGACAGAAAGUCCGUGGACAGAAUCAACAAAAUGCCGACAAGAAAAAUACUGCACUCGUUAAAGGUCUGGACAAGGUCCAAGGCGCGCAAGCUAAAGAGGCGAAGCAAACCGCCAGUCUUAAGGGCGGCAAUACUGCGGCUGAUAAGAAAACUCUCAAGGCCCUUCAGGGUGAGAUUGGUGAUGGUAUCAAGCAGAAUAAAGCGAACGAGAAGGCUGCAAAAGCUGGUAGCAAGAAGGGCAACUAG